CAUCAGCCUCGCUGCGCCGCCCACAGACAUGCUGCAUCUUGCCGCCGGCAGGCAUGUUACAGAGGUUGCCCCGCGAUGCCUAUGUUGUCACUGUCCGCCUCCUUAUUUCGAACCCAUCCCACUCGAGCCAGCAUCCUCCAAAUAUUCUAUGGAUCCACUUACAGCAUUUGGUCUUGCAGCCAACAUCCUCGCCGUCGUCCAAAUCACUGCUGAGUUACUCACACGGAUCAACGAAUUUCGAUCUACAGCAGAAGGAUUACCCCGAGGGUUUCAGUCUUUACAAAAAGAACUGCCGAUCUUAACACUCUCUCUUAAACGUAUUGAUCUGGCUAUAAAAGAUGGGUUGGUACCUGAUGAUAGUACGGAGGCGCUCAACCCGAUCAUCGAAGACUGCAAAGAGCAGAUCAAAGCCUUGAAAGAUAUCAUCGAUAAAGUAUUGCCGAAAAAGAAUGCGACGACUGUCGCUCGCGUGACGAAAGCUGUUACAAGUUUUCGGUACGAUGGCGAGGUCAAACAUAGGGAAGAGGUGAUAAGGGGGUAUGUGGCUAUGCUGACACUGGAGCGUGUUGUAUCCAGUUCUAGCAGAGACUUGGUUGUGUUGCGGCCCCCACCUACUCCAACAUUUGUCUGCCCAUUUGGACAGGACGCCGAUUUCGUUGAGCGGGCGGUGCUCGCGGAUAUUUUGUCGAAGACAGGACCCGGCUCACGACAAGCGCUUGUCGGUGGAGGCGGCAUUGGUAAAUCUCUGCUCGCCAUCGAAUAUGGGUUUCGGGUACGGAAAACCUCUCCUGAGACGUGGGUGUUCUGGGUAGAUGCCGAGAACAGUGCCAAGUUCGAGGCAGGCUACCGAGAAAUCGCCAAAGCGGUGCAAAUCACAGAAGCGACCACUAAGAAUGCUGAUAUAUUCAAACUCGUCUACGAAUGGCUACGGAACGAACAAAAUGGAUCCUGGGUGCUGAUAAUCGACAAUGCCGAUGACAAAACUGUCUUUACGGACUAUUUGCCAAACCGCGAAGGGUCAGAUGUUGGGAAACAGCUACGCGACUAUCUACCACAAUCGUCGAACGGAUCUAUCUUGGUCACAUCAAGAAGUCGUGAUGCUGCAUUUCAAGUCACGUGUAACUAUCGGCACAUUACUACAGUUGAACCAAUGACUGAAGACGAAGCUAGGAGCAUGUUACAAAAUCAUUUGGAGGGAAACCACAGCGAAAGUGACAUGAAGUUACUCAUCGAAACUCUCGGCUAUAUACCACUUCCCAUAUCCCAGGCUGCAGCAAACAUCAGCAGAAGAUCGUUACCGAUAACCGAGUACUUGAAGGAGUUGAGGGACAGUGAUGAGCGAUCCGCAAGCUUGUUGGACGAGAGCACACCGGAACUGCGUCGUGAUGCUCGUAGGUCCAACUCCAUCGUCGCUACAUGGAGCGUUACAUUUGAGUACGUUCGCAAGACAGCACCCUCAGCUGCUAGGCUCCUGUCGCUGAUGUGUCUGUUUGAUCGUCAGGACAUUCCGGAAGCGCUUCUCCAAGGACAGUACGGGGAAGAAGUGAAUGCACCGUUGCCGAAAACCCGCAAGACUUGGUGGAGACGUCGGCCGCGCAUGCGCCGGACAAAGAAGCAACCUCUAUACGUCAAGUCGCUACCGUCUAACUUCGAAGAUGAUAUGCUCAUGCUGAGAGACUUUAGCCUCAUCAAAUUGAACAAUGAUCGCCACCAUUUCUCAAUGCAUCCACUGGUACAGUUCAUCACAAAGAAAUGGCUUGUCAAGUACAACGAGUUGAAUGUAUGGAGCCACGUCUUCAUCUCGAUUCUUAACAUCAACUUCCCCAACCCAGAUAAAGGUCAAUUUGCCAAAUGCGAACCAUUGCUCGCUCACGCUUACGCAGCGAUUCCUUACCGGCCCUCUGACACUUCAACGCAGUCCCUUUCAAACUGGGCAUCCGUGACAACAAGAGUAGCAAGCUAUUACUAUCAGCGAACCGUCUUCGACACUGCACAAAAGAUGUACCGCAUCGCAUUCGAAGCCUUUGAAAUUUCUCUCGGCCCAAGCGCUCCAGAAACGCUAGAAGCCAAUACAGAACGAGGCAUCAUUCUCUUCCACAUGGGUGAAGAAGCCGAGGCAGAGAAGAUACAUCGUCGCGUCCUCAUGCUCAAGAAACACGCGCUGGGCCCCGAUCAUCCCAGCACGCUGGACACAAUGGACCACCUAGGCGACAGCCUCCGCUUCUUAAAGCGCACCUCCGAGGCCGAACCCCUUCACAUACAAGCCCUAGACGCCCGCCUGCGCACCCUCGGCCCCGCUCACCCAAGCACCCAAAAGGCCCUCGACAAGCGCGGCACCUUCCUCGUCGGCCAAGACCGCUUCGCCGAAGCCCACACUGUUUGGAAGCAAGCCUACACAGCAAGCAGCAAGGGCAUAGGAGACGAAAAUCACUCCAAAUGGUGCAACGAGCUGAACCUGAUCGGCGCAAAACUCUUCCUGGAAGGUCGCUACAAAGACGCAGAAUCCUACUUCCGCGAAGCCAUGACGGAGAUAGAACGAACGCUCUCCCCCACCCAUCCCCAGCACUGGUGCCUACAGAAAACCGCCCUAUACCUCGCGCGCGCCCUCCACGAACAGCAAAAAUACGCAGAGGCAGAGACCAUGUACCGUCGCUCUUUCACCUUGGACGACGCGCAGUACGCCGCCGAUAAUACCGAGGCCUUGCAGCCGAUGAGCGAAUUAGCCGCCCUUCUAUGCAAGACGGGGAAACUCGACGAGGCCGAAACACUGGGUACUCAUUGUUUGGAGCGCCGGACUAGCGUGCUUGGGCCGCAGCAUCGCGAUACGCUGGAGAGCGCGUGGGUACUCGGCGGCGUACUGGAGAAACUGGGCCGGUUUGAGGAGGCGCUACGUCUCUAUCAGACGGCGUAUGAGGGCGCGGUGGAAGCACAGGGCGAGAGUCAUGAGGAUACGAAGGAGUAUUUGAGGGAUUAUACGGCGCUUCGCGAGCGGGUUGAAGAGAUUGAGGGGCGGAACAAGAGUGCUGUGGCGGAGAAUGCGCAGCUUGACUUUGGGUGUGGGGAUGCGAUGGCUGGAGCGGAAGAGUUUGCUUCGAGGUCGGACGGGGCGAUGCAGCUAGGGAUGGGUAGGUUGGAGAUGGUGGGUGUUCUUGCGUGAUGAGUGCCGACCAUGGAUUUACGAAGUGAAAUGAGUGAAUAAGGGGGGAGAGGGGGGUUUGACUGGGCUUACAAUCACGAAUGUAUUACUAUUGACGUUUAGAACCAGAGAUACGCCACAUUUGUCUUGAUAGAAUCAUUGCGCAACUCC